AUGACGUCUGACAAGUCAACGACGACUGCUUCUCUCGAAGAAACCUUGCGAAAAGUAGAUGCCUCCCUUCUGCCAUCAAUUGAAAACACGGUAUCGAGUACGACGUUCUCAAAAGAGGAUAUGCUCGAUUUUCUGGAUGUUAAGAGUAGCCUGAUGGCAUCGUACAUGAUUGAUUUGACGCUAUAUAUUCGAAACAAGAAUAGUGGAAAGGUGGACGAGAAAAACAUCCGUCGGCUCACAGAGAUGAAAGUUGCUUUGGAUAAAAUGCGAGGAUUAGACAAGAAGCUUCGUUAUCAAAUUGAAAAACUUCUGAACGCAGCUACUUCAGCGUCCACGUUUGCUUCUGCUGGCGACAACUUUGGCCCAGAAGAUCCACUGCAGUUCCGAGCGAAUCCAGAGCUUAUGGAAGAGAAGGCAGACGGCUCUAGCGAUGACUCGUUCGCGUCUGAUGGUGAUGACAUGGAGGAAAUGGGUGGAAAGAAUGGUGCUGACGAAGACGACGACUUGCAAGCCGCCCGAAAGACAGUUUCUCUUGCCAAAGACAAGAAGAAACGCGGGGAGGCUGAGUCAGAAAAUGGGCUGUAUCAAGCUCCACGCCUUACUGCUGUUCCUUAUACACACGACGUUGAAGGAAGGCAAAAAGAGAAGGAAAAGAGAUCCAAACGUCGUCUCCGGGCGACAGAACUUGCACAAACUUUGCGUGCGGAGUAUGGGGAUACACCGGAGCAAGAAGACAUGCACGGUGGCAGUGAUUACGGAAAGCAGCGUGCUGCUGCACGUCGUCUGGCAGAACGUGAGGCAGAGAAGACAAGAGCCGAGGAAGCAGGCAUGGUCCGCCUCAUUACUUCGAAGAAAGACAAGAAAGAAAAGAAGCGUAUAUUGCGGAUGGAAAGUAGCAACCUCGGUGCUAUUUCAGAUUUGAGCAAUCUUGUUCGAGAGGCGAGAGAUUUUGGUAGAGAAGAUGGAAGUGAUGGUGACGGCGACUUUCCUGAUAGUGCACCAGUUGAAGAUCCCGGAGACCGCCACCACAAUGGAAAGCGGGUCCGAAGCCGUGAUACGUAUAGUGAAAGAUCUACGAAAAAACGUGGAAAACCUGGAAAAGCAAAGAACUCACUUCAGGCUGCUUUGUAUGCUACCGGUAGUGAGGGAAAGACGAAGUCCAAAAAGAGUAAACGGUAA